AUGGGUUAUCGAUGGAAUCCUAUUGGAUUUCAGUACUCUUGCAUUAUGUUCUUGAUCAUUAUCCUUCAAUCUCCUUCCUCAUUUUCCCUCAAUUCUGAAGGAUUUGUGUUGUUCAAAUUCCGGGAAAGAGUUGAUUCUGAUCCUCAUGGAACUCUUGCGAAUUGGAAUGUUUCUGAUGAUCAUUCGUGUUCUUGGUUUGGUGUAACGUGUGUAGACAAUAAAGUGCAGAUGCUGAAUCUUAGUGGAUGUUCUUUGGGAGGAACUUUAGCUCCUGAGCUAAGUCAAAUGAGUGAUUUAACAUCUCUGAUACUAAGCAAGAACAGUAUCUCUGGUGCCAUUCCAAAUGAAUUUGGGAAUUUCCCGAGACUAAAGUUGUUGGAUUUACGCGAUAAUAAGUUAACCGGAGCAGUUCCACAUGAGCUAAACAAGAUGUUGUCACCAGAAAACUUAUUGCUUUCUGGAAACAAAUUUGCUGGUUUUGUGAAGAUAAAGUUCUUGAGACUUCAAUCGCUAUAUAAAGUCCACUUGAACAAACACCAAGAGUUGUCUUCUGCUUAUAAUGCUGUCUUCGACUGUGUAAAUAGAAAACUUGGAUACUGUGUUUCAAGGAGAAGAUUGCUAAGGCUAAACAAAGCACAAGCAAUAGUAUUGCGGAUUAAAGCAACUACAAGACAGUACAUGAAAGCAUUUUCCUCUUUCGAAAUAUAUAUUCAAUAUCUCUAUUAUUUUGAUUUGAACAAAACCAGUAUCUUGAAAAGGCGUGAGUUACUAGAGGGAACAAGUAACUUAGCAGCUAUGCCUGCACCUGAGGCUCCUAGUCCUUCUCCUCAGACCACAACCAAAGUGUUUCCUCGAAGCAGUGGGUCCUUUCCUGCAUUAGCCACUGCAAAGAAGAGAAUACCUCCACUAGUCCCUCCUUCUCUUCCUCCAACAGCUGAGAACAACAACAACAACACAAGCUCUGAUCCCCCGAGGCAAUUCGAAGAAGAAACAAAUGAGUCUAAGGAUGUUUGGUUCUAUGUUGUUAUCGUCGUUGCUGCUUUUGUAGCGGUGUUGAUAGUAAUAGCGGUUAUAUUCUUCUUCCGGAAAAGAGCUGUGAAGAGUAUAGGUCCAUGGAAGACUGGUUUAAGUGGACAGUUGCAGAAAGCUUUUGUAACUGGUGUACCGAAGCUAAACAGGUCUGAAUUAGAAACAGCUUGUGAAGAUUUCAGUAACAUCAUUGAAACAUAUGAUGGUUACACUGUCUAUAAAGGAACUUUAUCAAGUGGUGUUGAGAUUGGUGUUGCUUCAACCGCGAUUUUGGAAAGGAGAGAAUGGUCAAGAGCCAUGGAAAUGACUUACCGCAGAAAGAUUGAUACAAUGUCAAGAGUCAACCAUAAGAACUUUAUAAAUCUAAUUGGUUACUGUGAAGAAGAUGAACCAUUUAAUAGAAUGAUGGUUUUCGAAUAUGCCCCAAAUGGAACUCUUUUCGAACAUUUAUAUGAUAAGGAGAUGGAGCAUCUUGAUUGGAGCGCGAGGAUGAGGAUAAUUAUGGGAACUGCUUAUUGUCUGCAACAUAUGCACGAGCUUAAUCCGCCAAUGGCACUCUCCAAACUUGUCUCGUCAGCAAUCUACUUAACCGAUGAUUAUGCAGCAAAGAUCGGAGAGGUUCCUUUCGGCUCACAGACUGGACUUAAAUUGAGAAAACCGACAAGUGGUGAUUUAGACAAAUCUUUAUUGCCAUUGCCACAUGAACCAGAGACUAAUGUCUAUAGCUUCGGAGUAUUAAUGCUUGAGAUAAUCUCUGGAAGACUCGCUGAUUCAGAUGAGGAAGGUUCAGUUACAAAAUGGGCAUCCAAGUAUCUGGAGAGUGAAAAGUUGAAGGAUAUGAUUGAUCCUACAUUAACGACGUUUAAAGAAGAGGACCUUGAAGUGAUAUGUGACGUGGCACGACAAUGUCUGAGAGUUGACCAGAGUCAACGACCAACAAUGAAAGAUGUAGUUGAGCAAUUAAAAGAAGUAAUCAACAUUUCUCCCGAACAAGCUACACCGAGACUCUCUCCUCUUUGGUGGGCAGAGCUUGAGAUCUUAUCCUCUGAAGCUACUUAACCAGAAGAACCGUUCUCUCCUCCUCCUCUUCCUCUCUUCGAGCUGUCACACGUGUCGGAGUUUCAGGUUCACACGCUCUUUCUCUCUCUUUCCCUCUGCUUACAGUACAAAUCGUCGUUAAUUAUGUUCAAAGUUGUCUUUUUUUAUUCUUCAUAUUCAAUUUGUUUCUUGAUUGGCUUUGAUAGUGUAUUUGGAUCCAGAUAAUACAACGAUGUGUCUGUGUAAUUGUAUUCUACCAUACAUAUACAUAUUACGUAUAUUUGUACGUAUUUUGUGGUGAAAAGUUGUUUGUAACCGUUAAUUUCGGC